ACCUCUAGUAGAAACAACAAUUUGUCAUCAACAAUCUUUCGGCUAAAAACUAUUUACAAUUUAAUAUAUCACGAUGAAGAUCUCGAUUUUCGGUGAAUUGAACACAUUUGAGCUGUUCGUACUAUGCACAGUAUUACCGGCUGUUUUUGUAUUCCUUUGGUCACUGAUUUCCGGCGACAUGAAGAAUUUCAAGGGCAGCAAAUUGGCGUACUCGGUUUUUACGGCUAAGGAUCCCAUUAAUUGCUACCAGGACUAUGUCCCGGAAAAACAAAAGGAUUCUUAGCAUAGAGGCUCCAAACGCCGGAAAAUUUAUUAAACUUGUAUAUAACAGUGAAUCCGUGUAAUGAGAGCGUCUGGAUUUAUAACAAUAAAUUACUCCGGUUCGAUUUCUGCAA